AGGGCGGCUCGUUUUGUCUCAGCAAGGAGGGGACUGUAUACCAGACGGGGUGGAGUGAUACAUCGCCUAGCCCCUCUCCGUGCAGACGGCGUUGUGUCCCGUUUGCCUAGAGCUGGGAGAAUACUGUAUCGCAAGUAGGCCUAUAGCAGACAGAGAGAGGGGCCGGUCUAUGGGAGGGACUAGCGCAGAGGGAGAAUUGGAAGGAGGAGGGGGCGGGGAGGCGGCACGGGUGCUGUUUCUCCAGUCUCUUUCCCCUGUCUUUGUCUCACACUCUUUUGUUAGCCAUGCCUAGCCUGCUGGUUCUAGCAGGGAUCAUGGAGAAAAAUGGGGGCUACGGCGGGGAUAUAGCCGGGUUCGGAAGCGAAGGUCUCCUGGUGCCACCCGACGAGGAAGAAGAUGACUCCCGUGCCCUGAGGGUCGCGCUGGGCCAGCUGUCUCUACUGGGGCUUGGUGAAGGCGAGGACGGUGGCGGGGCUCCUGGAACGGGAGUACAGGAUCGGAGUAACAAUAACAAUAACCAUCACAACCAUACCAAUAAUAUUGGCGGAGGUGGUGGUGACACAGGGCUUUUGCAAGGGAAGAACAAGUUAUGUGUCCUGUACGAGGGUUCAAGUGAGACGAAAGGACGAGGCUGCAACAUAACAGAAUGCGUCCCCGUGCCCAGCUCAGAACAUGUGGCCGAAAUAGUGGGGAGACAAGGUUGCAAGAUCAAAGCCUUGCGGGCCAAGACCAACACCUACAUCAAGACCCCUGUGAGGGGUGAGGAGCCUGUGUUUCUCAUCACGGGCCGAAAGGAGGAUGUGGCCCUGGCCCGGCGCGAGAUCAUCUCUGCCGCCGAGCACUUCUCCAUGCUCCGAGCGUCCCGCAACAAGCUUGGCGUGUCCUUCAGCGGUUCCCCGCCUGCGCCCCUGCCAGGCCAGACCACCAUCCAGGUGAGGGUGCCCUACCGCGUGGUGGGGCUGGUGGUGGGGCCCAAGGGUUCCACCAUCAAACGCAUCCAACAGCAAACCUGCACCUACAUUGUCACCCCUAGCCGAGACCGUGACCCUGUCUUCGAGAUCACGGGAUCACCCAGCAAUGCCGAGAGGGCCCGUGAGGAGAUCGAGGCGCACAUCGCAUUCCGAACGGGAGGUCUGCACGACCACAACAACGAGAAUGACUGCCUGGGGCCGGAAGGCGGCAGCCCAGUAGGCUCCGGGGGUCUGGAGAGCCGCCUGCAGCAGGUGUGGGGUCUGCAGGGGGGCCAGCGCAAGCCAUUGACCAGUAGCUUCCGCCAGAACUUCUCAGAUGCCAUGGUUGGAGGAGGGGAAGGAGGUGGGGUAAUCUUCAGCAAGGGCAACUUCAACAGCCCUGGAGAGAAGCCCUGCUCCUACUUUGGCUCAGAGGGCACCCAGAGUUGGGGAGACCCAGACUACCCAAAACAGGUGGCCUUCUAUGCCCAGCAGCGCUCCAAGAGCUUUGGAGGCCUGCCCCUGCCCCUGACCAGACUCUCUCCAGGCCUUUCUGACCCCUGUGGCGGGAACAACGGCAACUCCUCGGGCACCAGCAUCACUAUUCUGUCUGGCUCGCCUCAUGCCCAGGCCCGUCGUGCCCACAGCGAGCCAACCUCGGGCGUGGGGUUCCCUGGACGCCUCCCUGUACCGGACUCACCACCGGCCAUCCUCCGGGACUGCAUGACCUGCUUCGAGAGCAAAGUGACGGCCGCCCUGGUGCCCUGCGGCCACAACCUCUUCUGCAUGGAGUGUGCCAUCCGCAUCUGUGAGCUCAACCAUCCAGAGUGCCCGGUGUGCCACACCCUGGUCUCUCAGGCUAUCCGAAUAUUCUCCUAAAAAAACACCACGUCAGUUUUUAUCAUUCGUUUUAUCACAGUGUUUGUUUGACAAUUAUUUACUGUUAUUAUUAUGAUUAUUAUUAUUAUUAUUAUACUUUUCUUUUCUCAGAAAAUUUUAAACAAACAAGCAGAUAUUUUAGAAGGCACUGCUUGCUUUACUAAAAAGUAUAAGAAAUAUUUUGAAUUUUUUCUUUUAUAUAUAUAUAUAUAUAUAUACAUAUAUAUUUUAUAAAAGUUUUGUUUAUAAGAAAAGUAUAGUACCUAGCAUUUUUUCAGUUUUUUUUUACUGCUGCUGUUUUUCAUUCACGAAUCACAGUGUGGGCGGAGUAGAUAGGAACGUGAACAUUUUACGAUUCAGAUUUAUUUUACCAUGAAGUGGUUUUAUAUGGAGGAAAGGAAGGAGGUGAUCAUUGAGGUUCAGUUUAACUCCCUGGUAUCUUAUCUGUACCUGAAUGAUAUGGGAGGUCAAAAUCAAACAGAAGGAAAAAUAUUGAAUCUUUCAUUGCACCUUACAAUCGUCUUAGUUUUGGAUAGUCAGAUUAAUGAUUGUCAAUCAUCCAGAAAAAUUACGUAGCUGAUGAAAAGGUAAAUCCCCCAAUGUGGCGACAACAAAAAAAUGCAACAAACUGUGAUAUUGUCAUUGAAAGUCUAAAUUUGUUCCAAUCGAAGGACAGACUAUUCCAUCAUUGUCACCUUUCUGACAUUUGUAUCCCUUUACAAGCUCGUGGUUAUACCUGGUAGUCCUCCCUAAACACCUGUAAGAAUGGUAACAUAUAGGACAGAAUAGCAGACAAACGCCUUUCUUUAUGCAGAUAUGUUUUAUAGAUUUUGUUUUUCACUAAGAGGUGAAUGAAUGCUACACAUUUGUAUUGCUGAAAUGUUGACUUCUGUUACACCUUGAAUAUCACUGCAGUUUGGUGAAAAGUUUCAGCGAUGCCUGAUCCUCGUGGCACUUGAAAAGCAUGUUUCUUUCGCCGGUGUUAAGCACUGAUUUCAUUUGUGAGGCCAAAAGCCUUGGAAUUCUUCCAGUUGGCUAAUUUGGGAGAUCCGUCUCCCCGACGGACUAGUUUCAAAGCCAACUAAUACCCACUUUAUUGUCUUAUGUGGUAAUUUAGCUGUUGUCUGAACGAUGUAGGACAAAAACGAGAGUCGCUUUUGACAGGCAUCUCUCUGAGGUUUGCGCAGUUAGAGCGUCAGCCAUUAGAGUGGACAGAAGCUGAGGAAAACAUUGAGCUGUUCUCUGAAUUGGUAAUAGAGUGUGCCUAAAUGGGCGAAAAGCUCCUAGAAUACAGUACCACCAUCCACAGAGCUCCCUCGCCACCCCCGUCCAGCAGCUUUGUAUUUUAGCUCAGAGGCCUAUAAUUAUCAGAGCUGUGCAGGAGCAGGUGUUUAAUAGCGCACUGUGGAUCUGACCUCAACUUGGAGGUCUUUUUUAGCCCCCUCUUUUUCUAUUUUCUUUGGGAGUGCACCCCCCCCGCUUACUGUUCGAUAGUUGGCUAUUGAGGGUAGUAAUGACUGCAGCCGACCCACAAUGCAUUGCCUCCCUGUGUGGGGCGUAUUGUCUAUGCCCAGUGGUGGCGUGGGCCUGGAGUGCUCGGACACGGUCCGGAGAGACUCAUUGAUAAUUAGGCAAAUUGUCCGGUCCAGGUGCGGACCGUGCGGGGGACCCUGGUGCUGACCGCCCCAUCCCUCUGUCACAGGCACAGAAGGUCCAGUCUGGGUGCAGCUGGGCGAAUGGGACCCCUCCUUCCGUAUCCCCCUCCCUCUUUCCUUCUCUGCUGCUCUGAGCUAUCCCUACUGGGGAGAGGGGCCUCCUUUGUCCCAACACUCAGGAAAAAAGCAGCAUUUGAAAGAAAGAGACCAACUGAACAGGCUGCCAGCUCUGAAAUGAGAGUGAGGGGACUUUGGAGAAAGAAAGGAUAUCUACAGUGUCAGUAGAUACAGUAAUUACCAGGUGUAACAUUCUGACACACAGAUCCAAUUCUUUGAAAUUUCCCAAUGAACUAGAUGUCUCCAUGUGUUCUCAAUAAGAUAAGGGUAUGAAAACAUGCAGACAUAUAUCAUUUAAGAGUACGAGGAGUCUGAUCACUUGGAGUUCAUCACCCCAUCCCAAUUUGGAUGGAGGCCUUUGUGACAGAGAGCGAGUGCAGAUCGAAGUUUCCAUAGAGAGCCCCCCCCCCCUUAUCUCCCGUCUGUAUGGGACAUCCUGCAGCUGCCCACUCACCACAAACACACAGGCUUAGCCAAUGGCAGGCUAGCACUGGGCCUUCAGAAUGAAAUCAGACGAUUGUAAUUGACAGGAAAGCGGAGGAAACGCCCCAUUUAGCCACCGCUCAUGCUGAAUCAAAUUACACACCCUUUGCCUCUGCCUUAGCCCCAGCCUGGGGAUUUCAGAGGGAGGGAGGGUGGAUUAGAGCCGUUGGAGGAUAAGAGGGAGGCUUUUGGAGGUGGAGAGAGAGAAGGCUGCUCCCAAAGAAAAGAGAACCUGCAGAUCUAGUCUUUGUGAGAGGGGUCAUUUGUGUGUCUUCAGUGAAGGGGUAGUUAGAAGGCUGCUGCCUCAUGUUUGCUGGUGGUGGCAGGUGAACAAGGACAUGCUGGUGAUUCAGCUGGUCUCCCACUAACACUGCAUAAGAUCGCUCUAUUGCGUUUUUUCAGGAGAACACUUUUGCUCAACUUCUGUCCAUCAAAAUAUGAUGAAUAGUUACAAUAGACUGUUGUCCCUAGUCUAGGCAGCAACAGAGCCCCCCUUUCCCCCAUUGUAUUGUCAGCAGACCACUCCUGUUGUCCGUGGACUGUGAAGAAAUUGUACUUUCAGAGUAUCUAAAUUCUAUUACAUAUAUAGAAAUUAAUUGACUAUUUAUGAAUGGGGAGAACUGCACAGUGGUUUGGUCUGAACUUUCAAUGACAAUUUCAAGGCAGUAUAACGCUGUUAAAUGAAUAUAGUAUUUUCUAUUCUUUUUUUAUUUUAUUUUAAGCCUUAAUAUUUUGUAUUAAAAUAUUAAUAUUGCUUUCACUUUGGCAUGAACGUUUAGUGACAUACAGUAGGCCUUCAAUAGUAUUGCCCCUUAAGAAAAACUUUCACGUAACUAUUUGUCAGAAAAGAAUGUGAAUCAACCGGGUUGGUUGGGAUUAAAUGGAAUUGGGAAAUUAGGCUCAUAAAGACUUUACAUUGAAAUAUAGAGUAAAGCACCUUAUGAGAAAACACCUAUAAUUAAUACCAAACUGACCACUGAUGGUGAAUAUUUCUUCAUAGAUUUUGAAAUACAUGCACAUAAGGUUUCCCUAUCAUGUUUUUAUAAUAUACUUAUUGUUAUUCCUUGUAGUAGUGGUAUUAUGGGAGACCUCUCAUCCAUUCAGUCAGUACUGAUGACUUGGUUGAGUUUGCACUGGUUUAAUGUAGAGGGCUUUUUAGAGAGUCUCACUGUUUUAGAGGCUGUGGGAGAAAUUUGCAUUGUGCUUUAUGAGAAAGGAUUCUGCGCAUCUGUGUAUAUAUAUAUAUAUCAGUAAUUUACGUCCAGUCAAAUGCCUGCUAUAUAAGUGGGAAAUUGAUUAUUUUUACAACGUAUCCUUUUGAAUUUGUUUGUUUAUGGACUUUGAAGAUCACUUUGAUUGAUAUAUAUAUA